UGCUCUACAGGGAACAACUGAACGCAGAGAAAACUGGUCGCGGGAAGGUUUUACUAUACGGACAGGAAGCAGAAGCCGUGUUCCGCGGUGUCACAUAGAAGUCAAUAGCUAUCCGUGCAGUAGCUACUGAGUAGCUCCGGUUAGCAAGGGCAGGGGAACAUCAAGAACCUACCCAUGACGUUGUGUUAAAAAGAAAAGAUCACCAUGUUACUCUCCAAAGUGGCUGCACGCUCAAGGCUGGUAUCUACACUCAGUGGGACGCUUCACCAUCAGACACAUGCACUGUGUGGCACUCUGGGGCGCGCUUUGCCAGCACGAUGCCAGUCUUUGGCCUUCACACACAGAAACUUCAACUCGGCAGCAAACAACAAACUCCCCCCUAAGCUCUGGACACCCUUAGAGCCAGAGCUGGAAGAGGUCCUGAUUCCUCGUAAGCUCUCGGUGUCACCGCUAGAGAGCUGGCUCUCGCUGCGCUACUCCCUCCCUUCAGUACUAGAGGCAGCCCAGCCCCUGGAGGAAGGGGACGCGGUGGUAGAGGCCGUAGUUCUGCCCCCUGCCGUGUACCCUGUGCUGGAGGGAGAGGAGAACAACACUCCCCUCAGCUGCAAGAAUGUGUUGGAGAUCCGGCGGCGGAAGAUGAACAGGCACAAGUACAAGAAGCUGCUGAAGCGCACCAAGUUCCUGAGGAGAAGAGUGAAAGAGGGCAGAUUGAAAAGGAAACAGUCUCGCUUUGAAAAAGAUCUUACAAGAAUCUGGAAGAGGGCUGGAUUAAAAAAGGCACCGGAAGGAUGGACUAUGCCUAAGAUUUUCACCAAACAAUAUUAGUGUUGGAAAGAACAUCAGUGGGCUUGUUCACCGACACACACUUGGAUCAUCUGGUUGUACUUGACUAGUUUUCUGCGUCAUCUCUGGACUCCUGAUUUGGUUCCUCCAGACAGGACUGAUGUGAAAUGGACUUAUCUCUGACUGUUGUUGGAGCAUGUGUUGUAACAACUUAAUAAAAGAUAUGUGAACAAG